CCCUCGCCGUAUCUCAUUACCGAUCACUUGUUUAUUGGAAUUACGCACUCACUUGACCCAUCGUUUCCCGCGAGGGUGCAUGUGCAAGUGCAACGCUACGCAACGCUACGUCAUUACUAAGCAUUUCAUGCCCAUCCAUUCAUAUUCAUGACUGCUGCCUCCGCCACUUGAUACCUUCUCAACCUCACCAGCUCCUACCCACCGCAUCCACGUCGCCCGUAUUCGCCUCGCCCCUUCGAUCUCUGCCCGGUGCCAGCGUGAGGCGUCUUCGCUGUACUCGCCUCGUGGUCUCGACGUGCGCCGUACAAGCUGUCGUCUGUGAAAUCACAUCCUAGGCUUGCAGCGCGUCGCUAAGAGCGUCGACACGCCAGCAUGGCAUCAAAGAAGCGCAAGGCACAAACGGCUGCGGAUGCUGAAGCUGAGGAUGGGUGGGACGACCAAGAUGACGGGCCCAUGAGCGACCAGGACACAUUUGAUCAGCUGAAGGAGGAGUACGAUGUAAAGGCUAUGGAGAAGCGGGCGCGAGCGGGCCGAGUUCGAGAUGCAGCGGCGGACCUCUUCAAGAAGUCUGAUCAAUGGAAUGCGCCGCUGAAGCCUGACCACCACAAUCGCCCUCUAUGGGUCAACGAUGCAGGAGGCAUCAUCCUCGAGUCCUUCCAUCCUCUCUUCGAUGAGGCUCAGGACUUCUUGAUCAAUAUUGCCGAACCGCAGUCGCGUGUCUCGAAGAUGCAUGAAUACCAGCUUACCACGCACAGCCUUUUCGCCGCCGUCAGUGUUGGCCACUCUAAUAAAGAGAUCAUCGACAAGCUUGACAGGUACUCCAAGACGGCUUUGUCAGACGCCAUCGUCAACUUUAUUGAGAAGUCCACCUCUGCGUUUGGCAAAGCCAAGAUUGUAUUGAAGAAAACACUGUCCUACAUCGAGAGCGAGGACCCUUCCAUCCUUCAGAAAUUGCUCCGCGAUCCCAUUGUAGCCGAAUGCAGAGCAGACGCUACAGAUGGCCUCAUCAAGGAGGCUGCACCCAAAAUUGGCCAGAUGGCCAUUCCAGGUACCAAACUGGCCGCUGGCGCAAAUCAAAUGGCACAGCAGCAACAGCAGGUUGCCGCAGAGAAUCCAGCACCAAGCGAAAUGAUUGCCGCUUUGCGAGAAGACGACGACGAUGAAGAAGUUGCCCAAGUUCACUCGUUCCAGAUCAAGAGCGAGGAACGAGAAAGGGUCGUGAAGCGGUGCCGAACCAUCGGUUUGCCGCUGACCGAGGAGUAUGACUUCAACAACGAUGAAGUGAAUGCCAACCUGGAAAUUGACCUGAAGCCCCAUGCGCAGAUCCGAUACUACCAGGAGAAGGCUUUAAGCAAGAUGUUCUCGAAUUCGCGUGCUAGGUCAGGCAUUAUUGUCCUUCCUUGCGGUGCAGGUAAAACCUUGGUCGGUAUCACAGCAGCUUGUGGCGUUAAAAAGUCCGUCAUCGUGUUGUGCACGAGCGCCAUGUCCGUUGUCCAGUGGCGAGCUGAGUUCAUCAAGUGGUCCAAUAUCAACCCAGAGGAUGUCGCUGUCUUUACCGCAGAUAACAAGAACAGCUUUCCCCGCAAUGCCGGUAUCAUCAUUAGCACGUACUCUAUGAUUAGCAAUGCUCGAAAACGAUCCUAUGACGCCGAGAAGGUCAUGCAGUUCAUCCGAUCUCGAGAGUGGGGGCUACUGAUCGCCGACGAAGUGCACGUUGUGCCCGCCAACAUCUUCAAGAAAGUCACCUACGAGAUUGCGUCGCACGCCAAACUCGGCCUCACAGCCACACUCCUUCGCGAAGAUGACAAGAUUGAUGACCUCAAUUUUUUGAUCGGGCCGAAGCUGUACGAAGCCAACUGGCAAGAGCUCUCGGAGCAAGGUCAUAUCGCCAGAGUACAGUGUGCGGAAGUAUGGUGUCAGAUGACACCGGAAUUCUACACGGAGUGGCUCAAGCCAUCAUCACUACAGAAGCGGGCCUUACUUUCGAUCAUGAACCCCAAAAAGUUUCAAGCAUGUCAGUUUUUGAUCAACUACCACGAGUCGCGUGGUGAUAAGAUCAUUGUCUUCUCUGAUAAUGUGUACGCAUUGGAGAAGUACUCGCGUAAGCUUGGCAAGGCCUACAUUUACGGCGCAACCCCACAACAAGAGCGACUGCGCAUCCUGGAGAACUUUCAGCACAACGAACUGGUCAAUACCAUAUUCCUGUCCAAGAUUGGCGAUACCAGUCUAGAUCUACCGGAGGCGACAUGUUUGAUUCAAAUCUCCUCGCACUACGGCUCACGUCGUCAAGAAGCACAGCGCUUGGGCCGGAUUCUUCGAGCGAAGAGAAGGAACGAUGAAGGCUUUAAUGCAUUCUUCUACUCGCUGGUUUCGAAAGACACGGAUGAAAUGUACUACUCCUCGAAGCGUCAGGCCUUCCUAGUCGACCAAGGAUAUGCUUUCAAGGUCAUCACUCGUCUAGAAGGGAUCGAAAAUUUCAGUGAGUUGGCAUUUGCGACCCCAUCCGAGCGGCGAGAGCUACUCAUGGAUGUCCUGCUCGCCAGAGAUGAGGACGCAAAGGAGGAGAGGAUUGAAGGAGAUGCUUUCGGCACUAAAUAUGCUUCUGGAAAUGGCAAGAAGAAGAAGAACGGUGUGAGAAGGGCGGCGGGUACGCUGUCUGAUCUGUCAGGUGGUCAGGAUAUGGCGUACAUGGAAUUCAACAAGAGCAGGAACAAAGAGCUCAAGGGGGCGAAAGGGAUCAAAAAUAAUUUCAUCAAGAAGCUGGCAAGGUCGGGAGCCAAGAAGUGAGAGGUGUACCAUGUGGGCAUGGGAUGCAGGACCCAAUGUGUUGGCGUUAUUUGGUAUCAUGUACAACUUCUAAGACGCUAGGGCGCGCCGGCAUUUCUCUAUACGGCUUUCAUUACUAGCGCUAGAUUGUGUUUCGAUUGAAUAGAAGAUUCAUAAUCAACUGCAGAGUUGAUGCGUGUUCACUCUACAAAUGCUUUGAGCAAUAACUGGAAAG